GCGGGGGACGUGUGCGGGCGUCUCCGCCAUCUUGUGAGUCUAUAACUCGGAGCCGUUGGGUCGGUUCCUGCUAUUCCGGCGCCUCCACUCCGUCCCCUGCGGGUCUGCUCUGUGUGCCAUGGACGGCAUCGUCCCAGACAUAGCAGUUGGCACGAAGCGGGGAUCUGACGAGCUCUUCUCUACGUGUGUCACUAACGGACCCUUUAUCAUGAGCAGCAACUCUGCCUCUGCAGCCAACGGAAAUGACAGCAAGAAGUUCAAAGGUGACAGCAGGAGUGCGGGUGUCCCCUCCCGUGUGAUCCACAUCCGCAAGCUGCCCAGUGACGUCACUGAGGGCGAGGUCAUCUCCCUGGGGCUGCCCUUUGGGAAGGUCACCAACCUCCUGAUGCUGAAGGGCAAGAACCAGGCCUUCAUCGAGAUGAACACAGAGGAGGCGGCCAACACCAUGGUCAACUACUACACCUCGGUGACGCCGGUGCUGCGGGGCCAGCCCAUCUACAUCCAGUUCUCCAACCACAAGGAGCUCAAGACCGACAGCUCCCCAAACCAGGCGCGAGCCCAGGCGGCGCUGCAGGCCGUGAACUCGGUCCAGUCAGGGAACCUGGCCUUGGCCGCCUCUGCCGCAGCCGUGGACGCAGGGAUGGCGAUGGCUGGGCAGAGCCCCGUGCUCAGAAUCAUCGUGGAGAACCUGUUCUACCCCGUGACGCUGGACGUGCUGCACCAGAUCUUCUCCAAGUUCGGCACGGUUCUGAAGAUCAUCACCUUCACCAAGAACAACCAGUUCCAGGCUCUGCUGCAGUACGCCGACCCCGUGAGCGCCCAGCACGCCAAGCUGUCGCUGGACGGGCAGAACAUCUACAACGCCUGCUGCACGCUGCGCAUCGAUUUCUCAAAGCUGACCAGCCUGAACGUCAAGUACAACAACGACAAGAGCCGCGACUACACGCGCCCAGACCUGCCUUCCGGGGACAGCCAGCCCUCGCUGGACCAGACCAUGGCCGCAGCCUUCGGUGCACCUGGUAUAAUCUCAGCCUCUCCGUAUGCAGGAGCUGGGUUCCCUCCCACCUUUGCCAUUCCUCAAGCCACAGGUCUCUCCGUUCCUAACGUGCAUGGAGCCCUGGCCCCGUUGGCCAUCCCAUCAGCCGCAGCUGCAGCAGCCGCCGCAGGCCGCAUCGCCAUCCCAGGCCUGGCAGGGGCCGGGAACUCCGUCCUUCUGGUCAGCAACCUCAACCCCGAGAGAGUCACACCCCAAAGCCUCUUUAUUCUUUUCGGCGUCUACGGGGACGUGCAGCGGGUGAAGAUCUUGUUCAACAAGAAGGAGAAUGCGCUGGUGCAGAUGGCAGACGGCAGCCAGGCCCAGCUGGCCAUGAGCCACCUGAACGGGCACAAGCUGCACGGGAAGCCCAUCCGCAUCACACUGUCCAAGCACCAGAACGUCCAGCUGCCGCGUGAGGGCCAGGAGGACCAGGGUCUCACCAAGGACUACGGCAACUCCCCGCUGCACCGCUUCAAGAAGCCGGGCUCCAAGAACUUCCAGAACAUCUUCCCGCCCUCCGCCACCCUGCACCUCUCCAACAUCCCGCCUUCCAUCACGGAGGAAGACCUCAAGGCCCUGUUCUCCAGCAGCGGGGGCGUGGUCAAGGGCUUCAAGUUCUUCCAGAAGGACCGCAAGAUGGCGCUGAUCCAGAUGGGCUCCGUGGAGGAGGCGGUGCAGGCGCUCAUCGACCUGCACAACCACGACCUGGGCGAGAACCACCACCUGCGGGUCUCCUUCUCCAAGUCCACCAUCUAGGGGCAGAGCCCCCAGCCAGGCUCCCGGAGCCGCUUCCGUCAUUCCAGAGAAAAGCCACUUUAAGAAGCAGCUGAAGUGACCUUAACAGACCAGAGAUUUUAUUUUUUUAAAGAGAAAUCAGUUUACCUGUUUUUAAAAAAAUUAAAUCUAGCUCACCUUGCUGACCUUGCGGUGACUGACGGCUCGGGCGCUCGGGGACUGCGGCAGGGGUCCUCCGCCUGCCCGGGGCCAGGCCAGGCCAGAGCCAGCGCCGUGCCUUUGCAGGGCAUGUCCGGGGCACCCCAACCACGACUUGGCUUCCUCGUGCCUUAAACCUGCCUGCCUUGCGGCCUUGCACCAACCCAGGGGGCCGGGGGCCGGGGGCCUGUUCCAGGCAGAUGCAAAGUGGCCUCCUGCUCCCGAGGAUCAUGUGCCCAGUGCUGGGCGGGAGUAGAGACCACAAGGUGUCAGCGGGGCUGGCCGGCACCCCACACACCACGUAAUCAAGUGACGUGAUUCUCCCCAUGUCCUCCAGCCAGGCCCAGAGGGUCCCAGCCCGGCCUCCUCCAGCUUAGCCUUUCAUUAUAAUCUUUGUAUCGUGUUCUGAUGCGGUCGCGACAUCUGUGCCUAGCAAUAUUUCCAGUUGACCAAAUAUCCUAAUCUUUUCUUCAUUUAUAUGCAAAAGAAAUAGUUUUAAGUAACUUUUUAUAGCAAGAGGAUCCAGCGGUAUGAGUGAGCUUUCUCGGUGUUACUUUGUAUGCUGUACUUUCUAUUUUAUUCUUUGUAAUCAAUUCACUCGCAGGCAGGACCGUCUCCACGCGGUGGGGCCUCGCCAGCCCCGCCUGCGCAGUGGCCUUACCCAGCCUCCCGAGAUCUGCCUAGGAAGACCAGCUCUAGAACUUUCAGGGGUUUUUUCCUUCAAAUUUUGGACCAAAGUCGUGUUUCUGUUCCUGUCUGCUCUGAUGCUGGACCCCAGGCGGUGGGAACCCCCAGGUCCUGACCACCCUCCUCCCUGGGGGACACCUGGUCCCAUCGCCCCAGCAGCAGGGCCGGUCUCCUCGGACCCCCAUUCCGUAGCGGAGUGUGACAAGGGUGUAAAUAUUUAUAAUUUUUUAUACCUGUUGAGACAUGGAGGGGCGCAUCGCGGUUUUUUACAGUGACGUGUAUAUUUUGGUAGCAGCGACUCGGGCUCAGUGUUUGGCGCGCGGGGCCACGAGCAUUCCAGUGCCCGCCCAGGGCUUGUACGGAGAACUCCAUUAAAGCAGUUUUAUAACA